AUGAGAACUUUGCUACAUUUCUUCCUUUUCUUGAUCACACUCUGGGUCAGUAUCAUCAUCCCACCAGUUCACAGCCAGUGUAUUAAAGACCAGCAACUAUCAUUGCUCCAAUUCAAGAAAAGCCUCGUGUUUGUUUCUCUCCAUCCUUCCACCAAGCUUAUUUCUUGGAAUGCAAGUACUGAUUGUUGUUCUUGGGUCGGCGUCACUUGCAGCCGUAAUGGGCGUGUUCUGGGUCUUGACAUAAGCAGUGAACAUGUCUCAGCUGGAAUUGACAAUUCCAGCAGUCUCUUCCAUCUCCAUUAUCUUCAAAGCCUCAACCUGGCGGACAACCUCCUCGGCAGCGACUCUCAAUCAAUUCCAUCCGCGAUCGGAAAGCUCGCGAACUUGAGGUAUCUGGAUUUAUCUGAUAAUCGUUAUCCAGGGAAAAUUCCCAUCGAGAUUUCACGCUUGACGAGGUUGGUGGUUCUUGCUUUGUCUGACAAUGUACAACUUGGAAGUCCAAAUUUACGCAUGUUGGUUCAAAACUUCACAGAGCUUAGAGAGUUAUAUCUUGAUAGUGUCCAAAUAUCAGAACAGGGGAGUGAGUGGUGCCAAGCCAUAUCAUCUUCCCUUCCCAACCUCAAGGUUUUGAGCUUGUCCUCUUGUAAUCUUUCAGGCCCUCUUCUCGAGUCCCUUGCUAAGCUUCAGUCUCUAUCCGUGAUUAGGUUGAACUGGAACAAUAUCUCUGCGCCAGUUCCAGGAUUCUUUGCCAACUUUUCAAACUUGACUGUCUUGAGUCUCCCGGGAUGCGAGUUGCAUGGAACAUUUCCCAAAGAGAUCUUUCAGUUGCCUUCUCUACAAAGUAUUGACCUUUCAUUUAAUGACCAACUCGAUGGUUCCUUGCCAGAAUUCCCAAGGAAUGGAUCUCUUCAGUACCUGGAUCUAAGCUGGACAAAUUUUUCAGGGUUAUUGCCAAAUUCUAUUGGCAAUCUCAAAAUGUUGUCCACCAUAUAUAUUCAAGAAUGCUAUUUCACCGGACCGAUGCCCAAGUCAAUGACAAACCUUACACGGUUGGUUUCUUUGUCGAUGUCUGGUAACAAGUUGGAAGGUUCAAUUCCGUCAUUCAGUGGGGCCAAGAAUGUGAACUUCAUAGACCUUUCCUACAAUGGUCUAACAGAUUUCUCCAGGAAUUAUUUCAUCUCUAUCAUACCGAGUACCAUUGGAUAUGUGUUUCCCAGAACAACCUUUUUCUCACUUUCGAGCAAUAACCUCAAUGGGAUCAUUCCAGAAUCAUUAUGCAAUUCACAUUUUCUUAAGAUUCUUGAUUUGUCCAAUAGCUCUUUGAGUGGCACGGUUCCCCACUGCUUAACGACAAUGUGGAGUCUUGAAGUACUCAACGUAAGGAGAAACAAUCUUACAAAUGUUGAUGACUUCUCUCAUAAUUGCGGGUUAAAAACUCUAGACAUAAGUGAAAAUCACCUUCAAGGCCGGUUUCUAAAAUCUCUUGUCAACUGCACCCAGUUAGAGGUUUUAAACCUUGGAAAAAAUUUGAUAACAGAACCAUUUCCCUGCUUUUUAAGGAACACAUCCACCUUGCGUGUCCUCGUCUUGCGAUCCAACAAAUUUUAUGGGCACAUUGGAUGUCACAAGACUAAUGGCAGUUGGCCAGUACUUCAAAUCAUAGACUUAGCUCACAACAAUUUUAGUGGUGAAGUACCUGGAACAGCUUUGACAACCUUGCAGGCGAUGAGGACUAGCAAAGAUGCUGCCCCAUGGAAGAUCAAUAACCUUCAAUUUGAUUUGGAUGGAAUUUAUUAUCAAGAAGAUACAAUCACAGUUACCAACAAAGGUUUAGACAUGGAGCUGGUGUUUGUUUUAGCUAUAUUCACCUCCAUUGACUUCUCGUACAACAAGUUCAACGGAUCAAUACCCAAGGAAAUUGGAGAACUCAAAUCAUUGUAUGCCCUCAACUUGUCCAACAAUGCUUUCACAGGUGCAGUUCCAUCAUCACUAGGUAACUUGAGUCAGCUAGAGUCCUUGGACCUCUCGAAAAACAAACUAAGCGGUCAAAUCCCACCGGAGCUUACAAAACUCACUUUCCUUGAAUUCUUGAAUCUCUCAUAUAAUCAAUUGGUCGGGAGGAUACCAAGUGGUGCUCAAUUUUCAACAUUUGAUGCAGCUUCUUUCGAAGGUAAUAAAGGAUUAUGGGGGCCUCCUUUGACAGCAGAUAAUCGAACAGGGUUCUCAUCACCAAAGCUAGAAGGAAACCAUUCAAAUGCUAGACAUGAGAUUGAUUGGGAUAUUAUCUGUCCUGAAAUUGGGUUUACAUGUGGGUUUGGGAUUGUCAUCGGGUCACUUUUGUUUUGCAAGAGAUGGAGGAAAUGCUGGAACAAAGAUUUGGUCAUCACAGGAGACAUGUUUACGUACAUCAAAGAUACUGGAGACGUUGAAGUGGUUGUGAAGAUCAAUGCACUUGACUCGUUGUUGGCCUCACUGGUGAGGAACUGGCAGAAUGACAUUGAGAUAUGGGAUAAGAGAGCUGUUGCAGAUGUCAAAAUUGUAUGA